AUGUCUGGAAAGAUUGACGCGUUCGUCGAUUGUGUCUCGCCCUACUCGUACUAUGCGACCCUCUAUUUGAGGAAAAACCGGAAGGCGCUAGAGUCGCACGGCGUGGAGGUUGAAUUCCAUCCUGUGUUCUUAGGGGGCAUCAAUGUUGGCUCUGGAAAUAAACCACCAUGGACCUUACCCGCCAAAGCGAACUAUUCCAAGUUCGACUCCGAGCGCGCAUGCAAAUACUUCGGCGUGCCCCCGAUCAAAACCCCGGAUUUCUUCCCUAUCCUCUCAAUCAUGCCCCAACGCUGUAUGAUCUAUAUCAAGCGCACCUACUCACAGGAGCGAUUUGAAACCACCUUCCUCUCGUUAUGGGAGUGGAUGUACCACAAGAACAUCGACAUCAGCAAGCCCGAGCACUUGGCCGAGCUGCUCAAGUCUCACAACUACUCAGAUCAGGAAAUCAAGGCGAUCCUAGGCGCGGCACAGAGCCCUGAGUACAAGGAGGCUUUGACAGCCAAUACGCAAAAAGCGUUGGAUCAAGGUGCGUAUGGGGCGCCAUGGUUCUGGGUGAAGAAUCAGUAUGGCAAGGAGGAGCCUUUCUUUGGAAGUGAUCGGUUCGCAUUUAUGUGGCAGUAUCUGGGUCUGCCUUUCCAAGACGUCACUAUUGUUGAAAAUGCCGGGAAAUCCCGGCUAUAG